AUGGCAGCAAACUACUGGGACUCCACCCAGUCCAAAUUCUGGACCUUUACUAAGGCAGAGCUGGCCGAUCGAAGAAAGGAACAGGAAAGGCAGAAUCCAUCUCUGCACAGCAAAUAUCCUUUACCCGACCGUCGACUCAUGAACAUCUUUCUACAGCAACAGCUGAUCAAGCUGGGACGCCGCAUGGCUCUGAGGCAGCAGGCACUCGCUACCGCCCAGAUGUACGUGAAGCGCUUCUACCUGCGAGUCGAAAUGCGCAAGACGAACCCAUACCUUAUCAUGGCUACUGCGGUAUAUCUGGCCUGCAAGAUGGAAGAGUGUCCGCAGCAUAUCCGCUUGAUGCUCGGCGAGGCUGCGAGACAGUGGCCUGAAUUGGCGGUCUCGGAGACGAGCAAGAUUGGCGAAUGUGAAUUCGCUCUGAUCUCCACUUUGUCGUCUCAACUCAUAUGCCAUCAUCCAUACCGAACACUCUCGGAGCUUUCCCCGCUAUUCGCACUCUCGACGGAAGAGAAUCAGCUCGCGCACUCCAUCAUCAACGAUAGCUACAACACUGAUCUCCAACUUCUAUAUCCUCCACAUGUGGUGGCCAUUACAGCCGUAUUCCUCGCUGUUGUCUUGCGACCUGCGGGCCAACCCGCUGGCUUGCAGGCUCACUCCACACAUGCCUCUACCGGUCAUACAUCACCAUUGCCAGGCUCGCCGACUUCUUCCUCCGCCCCUGGCUUCUCACCCAGCGUGAGCGGAAGCAAUGCCCACCAGGCCUUUCUCGGUGGCUUUAGCGGUCUCAAACAAGCAGGCCCGAAACUCAGCAAGCUGAUGGAUUGGCUAGCCGAGAGCAGAGUCGACAUGAAUGCCAUCGUGGACGCGACCCAGGAAAUGGUCAGUCUGUACGAUCUGUGGGAGAGUUACAGUGAGCGAGCUUGCAAAGAGGGCGUAACCAAGUUUGUGAAAGAUGGUGGUACUGCUGGGAGUUCGGGAGUUGGGGCAAAGUGA